CGCUGUGGAACCCUUUCGAACGGCUUCUUGGGCAUAUUCUACUUGUAAUAAAUGCCCGUCUGGAGAAAAUACUGUAAUAGCUCUAUCGUAUCUCGACGACAUUUCCGUACAAUCUAUCAGAGAAACGGUUGAUCAAAAUAUACACAACCUCAAAAUUUUCGCUUUAUCAUCAACAAUACGCCAUUUGUAAGAAAAAUCAAAUGUCAAAUGUCAUAAAAUGUACGUUUUUUUGUAUCAAUAGAUCCUCUAAUAUCGAAUAACCAACAGAACAAAUACAUAGAUCACAGAAUGAUAAGGUUAUUAACCAAUGAGCAACUGCCAAACAAGCAACAUUUAGAUAAAAUUGUUCCAUGAGCGAACAACAGAUAAAUAUAACCUUAAAAUUUGUUGUAACGAUUGAUUAGCAGUAUUUAUAUAAAUAUACGAAAUGUUAUCAAAGAAACUCUUAAUAAUUUGUGUGGUAAUUUGCGUUGUUAGUUUUACUGACAGUCAUUCUCACAAUCACGACGAUCAUCAUGGUCAUUCUCACGAAGAGCCACCUUCAUUUAAGUACUCAAAAACCGCAAACGAGAAAUUGGAGAAUGAACAUUUACACCACGACAAAACGGCCCAAAAAUCCAAGACUGCCCCGCUGAGUACGAGGGACUUGUGGCUUCACUCCAUGGGAUCCACCCUGUUAAUAAGCGCUGCUCCUUUCUUCAUAUUAUUCUUCAUUCCCCUGGAUAACACUGAAAGCAGCCAACCUUUGCUUAAGAUUUUAUUAGCUUUCGCUUCAGGCGGUUUACUAGGCGAUGCAUUUUUGCAUCUGAUUCCUCAUGCUGCUAUGCACGUAGAAGAUAGCAAAACACCGCAUUCGCAUAGCCAUGGUCAUGGGACUCACGGGGAAGAACAUUCGCAUGAUAUGUCUGUAGGCUUGUGGGUUCUAGCAGGAAUUGUUGUGUUUUUGGUUGUAGAGAAAGCAGUAAGGAUUUUAAAAGGUACAAGUCAUAGUCACUCGCAUGCUGCUGUAACGAAGAAACCAGAAAAAGCUGGGAAAAAAGAGAAUAAAUCGAAAACAGGAGAUGCUGAGGAACCCGAGAAGGAAAUCAAAGUGGCUGGAUAUCUCAAUUUGGCCGCGGAUUUUUGCCACAACUUUACGGAUGGUUUGGCUAUUGGAUCUUCAUAUUUAGCCGGCAAUACUAUCGGAGUUGUUACUACAAUUACGAUUUUAUUGCACGAGGUGCCUCACGAAAUCGGGGAUUUUGCCAUAUUACUUCAAUCAGGAGUGUCUAGAAGGAAUGCCAUGAUGUUGCAACUCACAACAGCUUUGGGAGCACUCGCAGGGACCGCUUUGUCGCUUCUUGCCCAGAAUGCAGGCGGUGUUGAAGCCGCUUCGUGGGUUUUACCCUUUACAGCCGGAGGUUUCAUCUACAUAGCUUUGGUUUCGGUUAUCCCAGAAUUACUAGAUGAAGAAAAACCGAGCGUGGUUCAAACUCUUCUUCAAGUAGCUGCUAUGCUGACAGGCGUCGGGAUGAUGGUAUUAAUAGCUGAAUACGAAUAAGUUGCUAAAAGUGAAAUAUUGCAUAUAUUUUUUAUUUUAUCUUAAGAAUGUGAUAAAAUUGUUUAGAUGGAAAUUAAGGCAAUACGAAUUGAACUAUUUAUAUUUCAAUUAAAGUUGUGUUGAAC